UCCGCUUUAUGGAAUCAAGUGAAGAGGUUAAUUUUUUUCGUAUCUUCUAGAGUGGGACAAGGUCGAAUUGUCCCGUCGCUUCGACAAAAAAAACAACAACAACCACCACCAACAACAACCACAACAACAACACUUUAAACUCACCCUCAGCAUGGAGAAGGCGAGGUCGCGAGACGCCGCUGUGGACGAUGGCGAAGUGGCGGUGCAGCUCGACUACGACUGCAGCUUGGGACACCGCGUCGCAGAUUCCCUGAAGGUCAUCGAGGACGCGGUGCGGACGUACGGGCUGGCCCAGCUGUGCGUAGCCUUCAACGGCGGAAAGGACUGCACGGCCUUGCUGCACCUGGUCCACACUGUGAUGCGCAGGCUAUGCUUGGACACGGGGGAGAAACUGCAGGCUCUCUACAUCCGUGGAGCGGCUCCCUUCCCAGAGAUAGAGAGCUUCGUGCAGGAAUCGGGCCAGCGCUACGGGCUCCGCAUGCACACGGUGGAGGGCGCGGUGCGAGAUGCCCUGGCGGAACUAAAGCUCCGGGAGCCGGGCCUACGCGCCGUGCUCAUGGGGACGAGGCGCACCGACCCGUACUCGCACACCCUCACCCCCGAGUGCCGCACUGACCCGGGCUGGCCCGAGUUUAUGCGAAUCAACCCUAUGCUGGAGUGGAGUUACCACGACGUCUGGCGCUUCCUGCGUUCGUCGAAUCUCCCUUACUGCGUCCUGUACGACAACGGCUACACGUCCCUGGGCAGCGCCGCCGACACGUGGAAGAACGACGCGCUGCGUUACACGGACGCGCGCGGAGAGGAGCGCUACCGCCCCGCCUACUCGCUCGAGGACUCCGAGGAGGAGCGCGCAUCACGCAGCUGACACGACCUGUGACAUGCAGGGGAGUGCCCAGCUUUGCUCCGUCCGUCCGUCCAGGGGCAGGGACCAUUGUUUGCCAAUCAUGGUGCCACGGGGUGGGGGGGGGGGGUGUCUUGAUUUGAACUUGGUUAGUCGAAGCCCCCGAAGGUGUGGCCUUGAAACGUCUUGCUCGUGCCACUGCGGGCAGAAGGGCCUCUGCGGGUUGGCUUGCUCUGUUCAUCCAGCGGUCAAGAAUGCCGAGUUUUGCCAACUGUCGAUGCGGCGUCAUUUGUGGACUUGGGACUCGCGCCACCGUUCGGAAGCACGUAAAUGAUGAGAGAGAGCUCUUCGAGAGCGCCUUUAAGAGGGUAUUUUGGCCUACAGUUUGUACGCAGAGAACUUACACUUUACCCCACCACACAUGAUCUGACGAUUAACAGCGGUGUACACAAUUAUACUGCCCCCCCCCCCCCCCCCCCCCAUAAUUAGAGGUCUUAUAGCUUAUAGUGUCAGGGUGCAGAGGGAGGUGGGUGGUUUGUGGCCAGGUGGUUCAGGUGUCAAAGGCUUGAGAACGACACUUGUCAGAAUACUAGUGUGAGUGUGUGUGGUCACCACCUGUGAUUAAACUGGUUUCUUAAGGUUAGUUGGCUGAGUUGAUGGUCUCUGUCUCGUUACUAAUGACUGCACUAAAUUUUGGGUCAACUCUGAACUGUCGACUCUGGGCUACAGAUGUAACCAUUGAGAACUAAUCAUAGUGGAGAGAGGUUCAUUAUUCAAUGCUAAUAAUCGAAACUGUUUUUGUGAAGUGGUCUGUCAAGAAAACAUGAAGGCUAUAUGAUAAUGAGCAGCUAAUUUUUUUAUGAGACUGCACCCAAGGAGAAAUGAGGAAAUGUGGACUUGAAAUUUGUGUUUUAAUCGCAACAUAAAAUAGAUAAAUGCUGAUGGUGAACAUCCUGCUUUUCUGAGGUCUAAAAUUAAAGACUUGGAUCUUGGUAACCUGGCUCAGACAAUGCGACUGAAUGAGUUUUUAACAAGUGAAUACUCCUUGAUGUGAAAUACUUUUUUUUAUUUAACUUGAAUCCACGUUUAAUUAGAGUUUGUUUUUUAAAUGUACUUGUGUCCAGAUAUUUAGUAUGCAAUGAUAAAGGUGUUUCAGAAGGAAAGGGCAGAGAGGUUCUAUCUCCACUGCUAGAGGUCCGAUCUCCACUGCAAGAGGUCCGAUCUCCACUGCUAGAGGUUCCGAUCUCCACUGCUAGACACUUAACACUCAAUCAUCUGCGUAUUCUUAAUUUUGUUUUGUGCUGUAUUUGUUCUAGCUGCGGGGGUGCUCCCUUGAAAAUAGAGACGCUUGGUCUCAAUGGGGAUCUCGCCUGGCUUGUAAAUAAACGACUACUACCAAUAGAUCGUACGAGAGCUCUUGAGACAGCAGGCUGCGGAAUUCAAUGAGAGAUCGGGGGGGGGGGGGGGGAAUAAACGCACGGUGCCGGUUAUGUUAUGGUGUGGGUAACUCAAUCAAUGGGAAGGGACGCUCUCGAUCCGUUCAUUCUCGUUAAGCAUGGCGAUGCAGAUGUGAACCCUAACCGCCCGGGUGAGCAAGUGGGACACUGCCCCGCUCUGCUCGGGGUAACUCAGUCCUCUUGAAACCAGAGUUUUGUCACCACGGCUGGGCAUCCGACAUGACCAAGUUGAACUUUGCUGUGUUAGCACACUGGUCCAAGAAGACCUCCUGGAGAAGCAUUGUCACCACUAAGGAAAUCCAGUUUAUCUCACUCAGUUAUGCAGUAGAUUUUGCAAAUAUUGCAGUGCAACGAUUGUAAUUUAAGCUUGACGAAUGUGUAAUAAAUUGAUCAUGUUUAUAAAUA